AUGCUCAUAUCUCUGAUCACUGUCCUCUCCUUCAUCCCACUGGCUUUGGCCCAAGUCGGUGUGGUCAAUCCCUUGGUCCAACACUGCGGUCCUUCCAAUGUCGUCUGUGUGAAUCGCUACGCAGCAGUAAUGCCCUACCAUUUCUUCCGCCCAGAUUCGUUCAACGGCACCUCCAUCCCCUUCUCUGCCACUUCAGUCCCCAACGAUACAUCCUUUUCUCUGCUCAACAACUCCAAUUUCAUCGUCUAUGAUCGAGAAAGAGGGUUGGCUAUCCUGGGAGCCAAUCCCACGUAUGAGAAAGUGUUUAACGUCAGUGAGGCUGUUCACGAGGCUCCUGUUUAUGUGCCUGGGUUGAACAAGCUGUUUUUGAGUCAGUUGGCUCCUCCUGCUGGUUUCUUGCCGCAGUUGGUGGUGGAUUUGAACAAAGAGCCGCCAGAGUUGAGCGAGUUUCUGAGUGAUCCGCCUGUUUAUGCGCCCAAUGGUGGUACCUUCCAUAAGGGGCUAAUCUACUGGGGUGCUUCGGGAGGCAAUAAUUCGAUCGGCGGUACAGAGCAGAGAGCUGGCAUCAGAACACUUGAUCCUCAUACCAACAAGACGACUACGCUUCUGAACAACUAUUUCGGCUGGUACUUCAACACUGUGGACGAUCUCUUUGUGGAUUCGAGAGGCGAUGUCUGGUUCACCGACCCAGACUACUCAUGGUUCAACGCCCUAACCGACACUGCACCUCAACUUCGCUCCCAAAGCUACCGUUUUCGCCCGUCCACAGGUCAAGUUUGGGUCAUAGACGACACACUAGGCCAACCCAAUGGCAUUGCCAUCUCUCCCGAGGGCCGCAACAUCUACAUCAGCGACACUUCCUCAGUCGAUGGAGUGAUUUCAUCUGCUUACCCUCACCUGCAUGCAUCCCACUGGAACCAAACUUCCGCACACACAAUCUACAAAUACGAUCUGCUCGAUGAUGCAGUCAGUGGUGAGGUUGCACUCAUCAACAAGCGUCCAUUCUACUAUUCGCAGGAAUGGGUACCCGACGGUUUGAAAGUGGCACAGAAUGGAUAUGUAGUCACAGGAGCCGGAAAAGGAGUAGAUGUAUUGGAUUGCAGUGGCAGUCUGGUAUUGAGGAUUCAGACGGAUUACGUGGUCCAGAACUUCGCUUGGGCGGGUGGCAAUCUUACAGAGUUUUGGUUGAUGGGUCAAGGUGGGAUUUCGAGGGUCAAGUGGGAGUUGAAGGGUCAGGAUUUGAGUAAGAGCUACACUUGA